UUUCACUUUCCUUCUUUCUUGCUCAACUCUUUCUCCUCCUUUGCUCCCUCCUCCCAUCUUCUCCUCCUCCUCUUCUUCUUCCUCUAUCUAACUUCUCCAUUCGCCACCUGGGAGGUGCACGGAUAAUCCUGGCCGACGAUUCGUGAUCCGCAAACGAUCGAUCGAUCGAACCGCCCAACCAAUCAGCGCAGCAUGGAUCCGCUCGAGUCUCUUCGUCGCCUCGUCCAAACUCAUCCUCUUAUUGACAACCACGCCCAUAAUCUUCUCGCCCAGCCCGCGGCCAGCAACUACACGAAAUACCCCUUCGAACAGAUUACCUCGGAGGCUCAAGGCCCCGCCCUGCGGAAUGCUCCGUCCUCUCUACCUCUCCAGCGCGCCGCCGCCCAGCUUGCGACUCUCUACGAUUGCCCAUCGGCCGAUUGGGACCGCGUGAAGGCCGCUCGCGAUGAAUAUGUCCAACGCGACUAUGAUGGCUUGAUCCGGCGGUGUCUGGAAGGCACCCAUAGUCUCCUCCUUGACGAUUUACUUACGGACCAAGACAUCGAGCCGUUCGGUUGGCAUGACCGCUUCACCACAGCUCCAACUAAACGGAUCGUGCGGAUUGAAGUUGUGGCCGCCCAAGUCCUUUCCUCUAUCCUAUCCGAUGGUCAAACCACGAACGACCUUGCCGUUCUUCGGCAGCAUCUGGACCAGUUCCGCCAGGGAUUUCUCCAGGAAAUGGACAAGGCCAUAAAAAACCCUGUGGUGGUAGGCUUCAAAUCUGUCAUCUGUUAUCGCACUGGAUUAAACGUUCAAGUGGCCGAUGACAGCGACGACAGCGCCCUUCUCGAGUCUCUUGCUCGGACGAGAUCACAAGGUUCCGGUUCCACAUAUCGUGUUGAGGACAAGCCGUUGAACGAUUGGCUGGUCAGGCAGGCCCUCCAUCAGCUUCAAUCUGCUAGGGAGAAUGACCCCUCGGGACCCAACAAACCACUGCAGCUACAUACGGGGCUUGGUGAUAAUGAUAUAAAUCUGAUUUUAUCGAACCCGGCCUAUCUACAAGACUUGGUGGCCCGCUAUCCCAAGGUGGACUUUGUGCUCUUGCAUUCUUCCUAUCCGUACACUCGGGAGGCUGGCUAUCUCGCCUGCGUCUACCCCAAUGUCUAUCUGGAUCUAGGAGAAGUGUUCCCCAUGGUGAGUCGGGAUGCCCAAGAAUCCAUCAUCCGGGAGAGUCUGGAGAUUGUGCCCACGACCCGCCUCCUGUGGAGCACCGACGGCCAUUUCUUCCCCGAGACCUUCUGGUUGGCAAACAAGCAGUUUCGCGAUGCAUUGGAAAAGGUUCUUGUGGAUUACGUUCUCCAUGGUGACCACACUAUCGAACAGGCGAGGCUGGCUGCUGCUGAUAUAUUGUUUAACAACUCCAAUCGCCUGUAUAGCUUGAACGAAAAGGCUUCUUACGAUGACAGGCUGGUUCCUGCCAUCGGGACGCUAUCUGAACCAUCUUCAGCCGACGCCUUUGACAUUUUCAUGCAGAAGAACCCUGAUAUCAAGUACAUCUGGAUGCAGUUCUUUGACUACACUGCAACAACUCGUGUACGAAUGUUCCCUGUCCGGGAAUUUGCAAAGAUUGCCCGCAAGCAACGCCGCAUCGGCAUCUGUCUUGCCACUUUCUUCAUGCUUCAGGACGAUCACGUUUGCCCCGAAGGUUCUACAACUGGGCAGUUCUACAUGGAACCGGAUCUCUCCAGCCUCCGCCGUAAUGUGGGAUUCGACUCGAAGAGCGCCACUGUGAUGACAUGGUGGCGUUCGGAGGAGGGCACGCAGCUGGAGGGAUGUCCACGGACCACCCUGCACAAUGUCACGACCGAUCUACGGGUCAAUCAUGGAAUCGAAGUGACUUGCGGGUUUGAAAUUGAAGUGAUACUGCUCAAAGGCAUCACUAACCCGGAUACCGGGGAGGAGGAGUUUGUUCCAUGCGUCAAGAACCACUCAUGGUCCCAAAUGACCCAGGACACCAGACGCAUGGUGCCGCUGCUCGAGGAGAUUGUCGAGGCGCUUGAAUCCAUUGGCAUUGAUCUCGAACAGUUCCACGCCGAGUCGGCUCCCGGGCAGUUCGAGUUCAUCUUGCCGCCGGGCUCACCCGUCGCUGCGGUUGAUACCCUCCUAAAGGCACGACAGGUCGUGACCUGUGUGGCUGAACAACACGGGUUCCGUGCAACCCUUCACCCUCGACCAUUUGCCCAUGCUGCUGGCUCGGCUUCACAUGCACAUGUUUCCAUUAGCCCCGCCACUCAAGAAGACAGCUUCUUGGCUGGUGUAAUGCAGCACUUCCCGGCCUUAAUAGCCUUCACCCUCUCUAGCGAUGUCAGCUACGAGCGAGUCCACUCCGGCCUCUGGGCUGGCAGUGAGUGGGUUGCCUGGGGGACUCAGAACCGUGAAACCCCCAUACGAAAGAUCUCUGCAGGUCACUGGGAGAUCAAGUCAUUGGAUGGUCUGGCCAAUAUGUACCUGGCGAUGGCGGCAUUCCUGGCUGCAGGGUCCUUGGGCGUCAAGGAGAACCUACCGCUGACCAUCCACGAUUGUUUAUAUGACGCAGCGACCCUCAGCGAUGCUGACCGCAGUGCCCUUGGCAUCACCACACAACUUCCCAAAACCCUCUCACAAAGUCUCGACCACCUGGCAUCUGACCAGGCUCUCCGGGAUGUGCUCGGUCACACCACGGCUGAGAGUUAUAUUACGGUCAAACGGGCAGAAAGCGAGAUGCUGAAUGCCAUGGAGGCCGAAGCGCGACGGAAGUGGCUCGUCGAGCGAUAUUAAUUAGACUUACCCUGUACAUAGAUAGAGUAAUCCAGUGAUACCACAUACC